CGUUUUUAAGGAAAAAUGGCUACCCACUUCACUGCGUUCCUUCUCGGGUUAUUAUGCAUCCUUCUGCAAAACUUGGACGCUUUCUCAGUCGACGAUAAUUUUUUCCCCAAGCUCGUCAAACGGUUCGAAUCUGAAGCACCAAAACUGGAUCAGGUACACAUCCACGAAGAAGACCUGCAAGAUGCUCUUCGCGUCGGCCGAGAGUAUGUCGAAAAAUGGGAACAUCUGGAAGCUCAAAUUGCAGAAGAGAACAAUAACAAAGAUCUAAAUGAGGGUAGCACUAGAGCGGCAGGAUCGCGACGGUACACGACGAAACGACACAAUCCAGCAGCCAUGACAGAAUCAAAAGAAGCUGCUGUCUAUUUAGUGGCACGCAAGUACCUAAGUGAAAAGUUGAGAAUUCCGGUUGAGAAGAUAGGAGAUCUUGGGCGGUUGCCAAACAGGGCGAGUGACAGACAGGCUUGCGAUUUCAGUUCCAAAUUCCGUAAUAUCGAUGGAACUUGCAACAAUAUCGACAUUCCAUUGUACGGCAAAUCGGGUACCGUCUUUUCUCGAUUGAUCGGCAAUUCAAAUGAAGGCUACGAUGACGGUGUUGGAGCAAUUCGAAAGAGCAAAUUAACGAAAAGUCCAUUGCCAAGUGCUCGUCUCGUUUCUGCUACUGUUGUCUCAAACGACAGUGUUCCAAAUCCGGCCGUUACUCUGUUGACAAUGCAAUGGGGUCAAUUCGUCGAUCAUGAUUUAACUUCUACCCCCACAUUCACGAACGGUGAUGGAAUUGAAUUUGCCUGCUGCUCGACUAACAUAACGGGUACCACUGUGCUGAAUGCUCCUCAUCCGGAAUGCCUUCCAAUCGCCAUUCCUAGUAAUGACUCAACUUACAAUCCAUCCGCUAUCGGCCAGCAAACUUGCAUGAAUUUUAUCCGCUCAACGUAUGGAAACAAUUUGGAUGGUACCGCCCCUCGUACGCGAUCACAAAUUAACGCUUUGACGCACUGGAUCGACGGGUCUAACGUGUACGGAAGCACUGCGCAGAAAGCGGCCUCCUUGCGGAACACAACGUCGGGCAGAGGGAAACUGAAGACGUCCAUCAGCAGCAAUCGCCAAAUGUUGCCUUUAGUAUCUGCCAAUGCUUUCGAUGCAGGUGAUCAUAGGGUGAACGAACAGCCAUUGUUGACCAUUAUGCACACGUUGUGGGUUCGUGAGCAUAACCGGGUCGCAGAUAGCCUUUACCUUUUGGUUCCGAAUCAAACCGAUGACUUCUAUUAUCAACACGCUCGCCGAAUCGUUAUAGCCGAAAUGCAACACAUCAUCUAUAACGAAUAUCUGCCCGUCAUGAUUGGCCCCGAUUUGGCGGCCCAGGUGAUGUCAUCUGAAUAUGGUUAUUAUAGCGGAAAUCCGGCCAUUUUUACCGAGUUCUCUACGGCCGCUUAUCGCAUGGGACACUCUCAGUUGAGGAGCUUUAUCAGGCUAUUCGACAAAACUGGAAGAGUUAGCAAAGACAGCUACUUCCUAUCAGAUUCUUUCAUGAACCCCUCUCGACUUUUAACGAAUGUCAAUUUCUUCGAUGAUGCGUUGCGAGGACUCCUUCAAGUGCCCGUACAAGCAGUUGAUAACUGUUUUGCUGACGACAUUACAAGUCAACUCUUUAAGCCGAAAGAACAGAGACUUGGAUUUGAUUUAAUUGCAUUGAAUAUUCAACGAGGAAGAGAUCACGGCUUACCACCAUACGUUUCCAUGCUCUAUUAUUUGGCAUCCAAUUUUCUGUUGCAAACUCAGCCAACAAGUUUUGACCAUUUGAUUCCGCGCAUUCCGGCUGAGAUCGUUGCGUCUCUGAGAUCCGUCUAUGAAACAGUGCACGAUAUAGACCUGUAUGUCGGUGGAGUCACUGAAAAGCCUCUGCCCAAUGCCGAGCUUGGCCCGACAUUUGCCGGCAUUUUUGCCUUGCAAUUCUUAAACUUGAGACGGACAGAUCGUUUCUUCUACAACUACAACGUUAAUCAACCUACCGGCUUCCGUUCAGCCCAAUUAACGCAGAUUCAAAGGAUCUCCUUAGCCCGCAUUAUUUGCGAUAACAGUGACCGUACCAUCACCACCAUCCAACCGAAAGUGUUCCGUAUUGCGGACGAGUACGUAUAUUCACAUUUUGUAACAUAAGCAAUUGAUGUUAAC